AGUGGCGCAUAACAAUGUGAACAAAAUAGAAGAUGGGUGUGCGGCUAAAUUUGUAGGCUGCAACUGUUUUAUGUAUUUUUACGGUCAGUGUCUUCGUCCUAUUAUCAUUAAUAUGAAAUAAUAUAAAGUUCAGAUGAAAUAAACGAGCAGCUGCUGUUUUUAGACAACUAUCUCGACUAACGGAACGUUAGCUAGAAUGCUAACAUGAUGCUUAACCCAUCAGCCGGUUCACCAGAUGACAGAAAACCCAUGUACUCUCAGUCACAAAAUAACUUUUACAAAAGUGGGGAUAAAACCAGCCCUAUUAGCGUCAUACUGGUUAGCUCUGGCAGCCGAGGGAACAAACUUCUUUUUCGGUAUCCCUUCCAAAGAGUCGAUGAAUGUCCGUCAUCUCUCUCAGCAAAGCAACGAAACCCAUAUGCACUGAAUGUAACGGGCGAUGUUCUUGAAGAUCAAGAUGGAGAUUCAAGGUUUUCUGACAUCAUCCUGGCCACCAUCCUGGCCACUAAGUCUGAUAUGAGUGGAAAGAAGUUUGAACUGAAGAUUGACAAUGUUCGAUUUGUGGGGCACCCUACCCUCCUUCAGCAUUCUCCUAUCAUACAGGUUUCCAAAAUCGAUCCUUCGCCUAAGAGAGAAAUGCCUACAAUGAUUCUGUUUAAUGUGGUGUUUGCGCUGAGGGCAAACGCUGACCCGUCCGUGAUCAACUGCAUGCACAACCUGUCUCGGCGCAUCGCUAUAGCCCUGCAGCACGAGGAGCGCCGCUGCCAGUACCUGACCAGAGAAGCCAAAGUCAUGCUGGCUGUCCAGGAUGAGAUUACCACCAUGACUGAAACAGAUGGAAGCCCCCAGUCCCCGUUUAGACAAAUUCUGCCCAAAUGUAAACUAGCCAGGGACUUGAAGGAGGCUUACGACAGCCUUUGUACAACGGGUGUGGUGAGAAUUCAUUUAAACAACUGGCUGGAAGUAAGCUUCUGUUUACCACAUAAGAUCCACAGAAUAGGUGGUAACCAUAUACCCCCAGAGGCACUGGAGCGCAGCCUAAAGGCUAUAAGGCCUUAUCAUGCCCUGCUGCUGCUGGAAAGUGACAAGGCGCUGCUCAGCCAACUUCCACUGGACUGCUCACCCGCGAUGGUUCGCCUCAUAAAAAUCUGCUCGGCGGUGAAAAACCUGCAGCAGCUUGCACAGGAUGCUGACCUGGCUUUACUGCAGGUCUUUCAAAUUGCUGCUCACUUAGUUUAUUGGGGCAAGGCGAUCAUCAUCUUCCCACUAUGUGAGAAUAACGUCUACAUGCUGUCACCUCAUGCCAACAUCUCCCUAUACUCCCCACUGGCCGAGCAGUUUGCCCAGCAGUUUUCUGGCCAUGACCUGCCCUCCAUGUUAGCGAAAUUUUCAUUACCUGUCUCACUGGCUGAGUUCAGAAACCCCCUGGAGGCUCCUGCGCAGGAGGCCCAGUUGAUUCAGAUGGUGGUGUGGAUGCUCCAGCACCGCCUGCUUAUCCAGCUGCACACUUAUGUUUGCCUUCUGGUACCGCCCAGUGAAGAUGAGCCUGGACUGAGGGAUGAAGAGCUUCCUCUGGCCACCCGAGUGGGAGGCCGGAGUCUCAGCACCCCGAGCGUUCUUAGUUUUGGUUCACCAACGAGCAGCGAUGACAUGACGUUAACCAGUCCCAGUAUGGAAAAUUCCAGUGCAGAGCUGCUGCCUGGUGGAGACUCUCCACUCAACAAAAGGAUGACAGAAACACAACUCACAAGUCUGUCCGAGCACGAGAGGCAGGUCUUACUUAACAUCCCAGCUGCACAAAACCCAGAGGAUCUGCGCAUGUUUGCCAGACUGCUGCAUUAUUUCCGGGGACAUCACCACCUGGAAGAAAUGAUGUACAACGAGAACAUGAGACGCUCGCAGCUCAAGACUCUGUUCGACAAGUUUCGCAGCGUCCUCGUGGUGACCAACCACGAGGACCCCAUCAUUUCCAUCUUCCAGUCCCCCAUGGAUUAGUGGCGCCGAGGCCGUAACGGCACUUGAAAAUACGUCAGAGAUCAGUUGAAUCUCCUCACAGCGA